AUGGAACACGGCAACAACGAUUACUAUUACUCUGUAGAAAUUUCUACUUAUCAAAAUUCACCAAAGAAAAGUUCUUUCAAAAGACAAGUUAUUACGGGUCCUAAUACACCUCCAUUAACACCACCUCGUCAUCAUCGUCCUUAUAAGAGACGUAGUUCUUCAACUUUGCUUGUUAAAAAAUCUGAUGGUGCGAUGGUUAGUUUGUUAAACGAUGAUGAUGAUUCAACUUUAUCUCCUACUUCCUUAUAUUCGGAUGACGAAUCGGUAUUUUCAUCUUCGGUUUCUAGCUGUGGAUGUUCUGACGAUGGUUUGGUCUCUCAUAUAAAUUCACCACAAAGACAACGUGUGCCUCCUUCAAAUCCUUCUCUUACAAAUACUACCACCACAGUAAAUAAACGUAAAUAUAUUUGUCAACAUCCUGAUUGUGGUAAAAGCUUUACUACAAGUGGUCAUCUUGCUCGUCAUAAUAGGAUACACACUGGAGAGAAAAAUUUCCCUUGUUUAAUGCCAGGUUGUACAUCAAAAUUCUCACGUCAAGACAAUAUGAUGCAACAUUAUAGGACGCAUUUAUCUUCUAAAAGUCGACGUGGUUCAAAAGCUGGUAUUCACACACCCCCUCCUCCUCCACCACCACAAACUGAUAUUGAUGAACCUCAAUCAAAGCGUGUUAGAUGUAUGCCUACCCCAACUUCUACACCUAUAACAUCAACGUCAUCUCUUGUUUAUCCUUCAAUGAAUAACUUACCAUCAGUUAGAUCAAUAUUAGAACCUGUUCAAUUACCCCCAAUCCAUUCCAUGAUGCCAUCUGUUAUCUCUUUACCACAAUCUUCUUCACAUCAUAUGAGAAGCGGUAGAAUAGAUAACAUAAACAAUUCUAUUGGGAUGACAAGUUACGUUAGUAUAAUGGGUUAA